ACUAGUUGUUUCAGAAAACAGCCGGUCCGUCUCUGCCGCGCGAUUGGUUCGUUCCGGGGGCUCGUCCUUAGAGCGAUCGUCAAAUGAUCCUGUAGUGAGUGGCCCGCAACGGCGGUCAUCCGGCGUGAGGCUCGCGUGAGUACAGCAGCUGUACGUGUGGUGCAGGGUCGCCGGUCGGAGAGUCCCUAAACGGUGGUUGGCGAGGCGCCGACUCGAAAGGCGAAGCAUGGACAAGGACAGAGCAAAGUUUCGCAGUCCGUUCGGAAGGCCGCACAUGGCCACCAGCGGCGCCGCUUUGGCAGCAUCCUCGUUUCUGCCGUCGCAGAAGACUACGAAAGGAAUUGUCGCAGGUGGCAUCACAGGUGGCAUUGAGAUCUGCAUCACUUUUCCCACCGAGUAUGUGAAGACACAACUGCAACUGGACGAACGGUCAGCAAAGCCUCGGUACAACGGCAUCGCGGACGUAGUGCGCCAGACGGUGCGCUCACACGGCGUAUCGGGACUCUACCGGGGGCUUAGUGUGCUUGUCUACGGAUCUGUGCCAAAGUCGGCUGUCAGGUUUGGGGCAUUUGAGGCCCUGAAGAAGCGUAGUGUUGACUCGCGAGGCAACCUCUCUCCGCACAUGCGGCUGCUGUGUGGGCUGGGUGCAGGCGUCUCUGAGGCCAUCCUGGCUGUCACGCCCAUGGAGACUGUCAAAGUGAAGUUCAUCAAUGACCAGGCCUCCCCCAACCCAAAGUACAAGGGUUUCUUCCAUGGUGUACGUGAGAUUAUCCGCACCGAGGGCAUUAAGGGCACGUAUCAAGGUGUGACAGCCACAAUCAUGAAGCAGGGCAGCAACCAGGCGAUUCGUUUCUUCGUCAUGGAGACGCUCAAGGACUGGUACCGAGGUGGGGAUCCUAACAAGCCGGUCAACAAGCUGGUGGUUGGCAUGUUUGGUGCAUUUGCCGGAGCCGCCUCCGUCUUUGGCAACACGCCCAUCGAUGUGGUCAAAACACGCAUGCAGGGCUUAGAUGCACACAAGUACAAGAAUACGUUGGACUGCAUUUUGCAGAUUGCCAGGCAUGAGGGCUUCCCUGCCUUCUACAAGGGCACAAUUCCACGUCUAAGCCGUGUCUGCCUGGACGUAGCCAUCACAUUCAUGAUCUACGACUCCUUCAUGGACCUCUUCAACAAGAUCUGGACGACAAGCUAAGCAGCCCUUCUCACUUUCCGAGCAAACACUCACACACAACACAAGCCUGACUGACAUGACACUGCAGGGGUCUUGGUGUCACUUCCUGUUGCCAUCUCGUAAUGUUACAGUAUCCACCUCGUGGUGCUGACGUGAAGGGAUGAAGCUGCAUUGUCUUUGGGAAAGCACGAGCAGUAUGUUUUUUGUUGUUUCAAGUACUCAGUGAUCAGUCAGAUGUUCGUUUAUUACAAAGGGCAGAUAGCAGUGUUGCUGUUAGUACAACGCUGCUUUGUCUUCUGCUUUUUCCCACUUCUUUAGCUAACUGUGUGAGUAUUCCAUGCUGUCUCUUGCAUCUCAGUAUCUGCCCUGAUCUGAGAUGUUCUGGUUGUGUGGUUCAACAAGCAAGGUUUCAGCAAUGGUCUUCGGAUAUUUGUUUGGCGUCCGUCGCAUCUGUCAAAGGUGAAAAGUGUAAAGCUCUUCUUCUGCCUCGUGUAGUUUUGGCACAGGUACUGUCGGCACCUGCUCGUGGCGCAAAGCAAGCCCCAUAUGCCGCGCUUGUCUGCUACACCUACUCUCGGACAGCAUAACCUUCUGCUCGUCAUAUGGGCACUGAGCAGCUCCAUUACAGGAUGUUUGAGAACUUUGUAAAUUUUGCAUUUCCAUGCCAUUGUAACCUUUGCUUUGGUGCAUAACAGUCAAUGCAUUUGCAAGGAAGAGAUGUUGCCAUGACGUCUGUGAAAAGCUGAUGGAUAGUAGCCUAGAUAGUUCACGAAUAGUAUUUGAGAUUGCGUCAAAGUAUCACCUGUGCAUUUGACCAUGGAUGUCUUGAUGCCUUCUCUUUAUUUUUUCAAUUUAUUUCAAGAAAGCGGAGGAACGUGUACCAAGUUUGCUUAACUUUGGCAUCUACCGAGAGUAAUCAUUUUACUACAUCUUGGGAACUUUGAUGACUCUUCUGCCUCUUGUGGUGCCUAUAUUUUGUUUUGUUUCUCGAGAAUACAUGUCUUCUCCUCCCUUUGGCUAUGUUCUUCUAAUUAAUUACAGUAGAACGUCGCUGAUAUGUUUUUCAUGGGACCAUAAAAAAUCUAAGAGCUGAGAAACUGCAGAAAUUAAGAAAUAAGAGUAGUGGUGAACUGCACACAAUUUUAAUUCUUGCAUUUCAAAAAAAGUUGGUUUCACCCAAAAGGCAAAGCAUCGAUUGUGACAGAAAAUAGUAGACAGCUAUACAAAGUAAGGAUAGUAGUUUUAUCGUCCAUAUAAACUUGUAAACAUUCGCUUACUAACAAAAUUAACAAGCAUGCGUCCAGCAUAUACAGGCAACCAUGAACACGUCACACUCAAUGACUGCAGACACACUGUCAAAACGCUGGUGUUGUGAGGAAGCGUAGCAGCAGCAGCGAGCAGCGCAGUGACCUUCGUGCUGUCUAUCCCUUCAAUGCAAACUGAGCAGCGAGAGCGCAGUGCACACAGAAGUACGAGUCGUGGGUGCACUGUGGUCAGAUCGCUUUCAAGAUGUGGCUUGCGCAACCCUGCAGUACGCAGCUGCUGCCAAAGUACAAUGCCACCACCCCUCCCCCGGUGCCUUGCACGUGUUGGAAGAUGGCGUGCCUCCUCCCCGCUUUCGACCCUAGCGCUCACGAGACUAUCGUCGGCUCCCUUCGCAUGCUUUCACUCGCACAUACGGCGUGCGGCGAUGGUGUUAUCACCCUUGGACUUUAUGUGGAACAUAUUUUGGCACAUAUGUAGUAUGCACCAAAAUCAACAUGAGGCCCACAACGUGUCAUAGACACCAUAUUUAGAUAGCAAAUAUGGAUCUGAAAGGCCAUGCUUUUGCUGACGGAAACUGAAAACAUGUCAUAGGUGUCACGCCAGGCACUUUGGGUGGCCAGUCCAAUCGUCAAGCCACCAGACUAAGCUACGUACCGGGGCAGGACUCCUGCCCCAAUUGCGCCAUUUUGAUACAAAUGCAAAUUCUUACGCCAAGCUGCGCCAAACACAGAAAAAUGACUGAAAUUGUGCCACACAGCACCAGAACAGCUUCGGCAUGUAUGCUGCGGCAAGGACUGCUUACAGCGAGCGAAUUUUUUAUCCGGACAAGAGUGCAGCCAUUCACAGGCUGCACAAAACGCUGACGGCAUCCCCCGCACGGUCUCUCGUAAUUUUCCGGCUUAUAACACGGGACUUUGCGGCGCUUCUGGCAAGCGGCUGGUAUGCGCGCGGCCACUCCCAGAUGUUGUUGCUGCUGUUAGAAUGGCCAGGGUGGCUUUAUUUAAAGCUCGUGAGAAUACGGUUGAGUGGGUUGAAAUAACGAAAAGUAGGCUGAGGGUGCUGCAAGCGAUAUUAGGGAGGCACACGCUUCAGCAAGUUCAGCAGGUUCUGUCCUCAGGGAUGGUAUAAGUAAAACUAGCGCAAUCUGUUUUUAUGCCCAUAUGGCUGCGAGGCCUGAGCCAUUUUGACUUAUCAAGAAGUGCUAAUGCCGAAUUUGGAAUAAAAUGUCGCAGUUUCAGCCGAAAGGCCAAGCAUCCAUUGCGAUAGCAAGUUAGUGGACAUCUAUACGAAGUAAGGAUAGUAGCUGUAUCGGCCGUAUAAAGUUCUAAAAAUUCGCUUACUAACUAAAUUAACAAGCGUAGCAUCAUGCAUGCACAAGCAAAUAUAAGUACAUCUCUCUCAAUGAGCCUGAAAACUUGCUGUCAGAAUUCUGGAGUGAGCAAGCGCAGUAGCAGCAGCGAGCAAAUUGCCUUUCGUGCUCUCGCUUCAACAAGAACUAACGGCGAAAACAGUCACAUGAAUGCCCUCGCACUAUGUCCCCAUCACAGAUCGCUUUCAAAAUAGGGCCUGCGCAGCCACACCAUAUGCAGUAGCCACCAUAGUAGAAAACCCCUCUCUCCGGUACGUUGUGUGUGAGGGAAGCAUGCUUCCUCUCCGCUUUCCUCCCUGGCACAUGGGAUUGAGCCAUUGUCAGCUCAUCCUUGCAUGCUUUCACUCGCACACGCAGCAUGUGGCGCGUGGCGACGAGGUUAUCGCCCCUGGUAUUCAUGCGAAACAUCACGGCGAUGCUGGCAGCAGGAAUGCACCUGGACUGUCCAUGUAAUUACUAUCGCAAUAAAAACAGAUGGGAAUAGUUUUACGUUAUACCAGCCCAAGGUUGAUAGUGGCUCUCUGGGCCCUCGGUGACAUAUGGUGACUCGGAAAUUAUGUUACUGCGUCGAUGGGACUACAUAAUUUGAGAACAUUUUCCGCUAUCAGCAUGAGCGUCGGGGCAGGAGUAUAUAGUUUGGUCAUGGUGCCAUUGAUGUUAUCUGCUUUACAGGAAAGCAUGCACCGUGCCAGUGCCCUAAGCUUUUCGUGUUAUUUUAUUCUGUGUUUCGUUGUGUUUUCGAAGUGCGCUGUCAUAUUCAGUUAUUCCGCGAAAAUUCAGAUUGCCUUGCUCCAACCUGCUUCAAAAUGAAAUUUUAUCUGCUCCAAAUUGCUCCGAAAUGAAAUUUAGUGGGCUCCAAGCUGCUCCAAAAGGCAUUUUACUUGCUCCAAAAGUUGCUCCAGAAUGACAGUGGGCAGUCCCACCCCUGUACAUGAAAAGUCAACAUGGCCACUCGGGCCGGUGCAGAGUGGCAGUUCACAGCAUAUGAUGCAGGAACGGUCUGACAGUUGCAACGCAACAGCGGGGUUCCCGAUGCAAUGGUUACUGUGGGUGCUAUGCCAGGACCAGUUGAAAGCGAUGUUACAGCCAGGAGAACACGGCACCCAGGAACGCAACAGCGGGGUUCUACUGUAUUUCUUUUUUGUGGCAGUUUACUAACAUCUUCAUCACUCUACUUGCCUGAGUGCAAUACUUGCACUACUAAAGCAGGGGAUCUUUUGCAUUCCUACUUCCAUUCUGUCACUACGGGUGCCAUUAUUGCUUUACUAUUUCCAUUUAUACAUCAAUGCUUGCACAUUCUAGGACCAUGGUCCACACUCUGCAUUCCUCUUUUUAACAAUCAUUUAGAGCAUUCUAAAUAAAAUAGGAUUUGGCUUAGCUUUUGUCUUUAAAUAUCAUCUUUUGGAAUAAGCCACUGUUUGGAUGGGAUAAAUUGUACAUUGCUUUUUGAUUAUUACAUGCUUGCAAUGGCUGCUUUUUUAUUGCUUCUUUUUUGUCUUGUGUUCUUUACGAACUGAAUUAUUUUGUAUUGUUACAAGCUUCGAGGAAAAAAAUUUUUUUUAGAGUGCACUUUGUUUUAGAGUUGCACAGUGUGCAUUCCAGCUUGAAUAAUGAGACUUGUGAACCAGCAAAACUUGUUCACAUUGGUUUUACAUUGCUACUAGUUGUCUUGCAUUGUUAUGCACUGUAGUCUUAACUAGCUUAUGUCAUGUUUCAAACUCAAGCAAAAUGGAUGGCAACCUAGAGAAAGGUGUUUCGAAAAUUUCCAGGUUGUUAGUAAGAGAGGAGAAAAAGGCUACAUGUGGAAGUAAUCUUCUUUGCUUCUUUGUUUUCAGUUUGAGAGUAGAGGCUGAUGUCACUGUGUUGCAUUUCUGCACUAUGUCAACUUGUGCAGCAGCAGAAAUGAGUUUCCUCAUUUUAUCUGAUCCAUGGCAGACAAACAUAAACUAGUAGUGUUGCAACCUUGGUGUUGGUGGCUAUUCUGUAUGAGCAGUCAAGAAGCAUAGAAGUGUCAAUUUCGAUGCCCCAAUCACUUAGCGGUUGUCUUUAGUAUUACCCACAAACAAAUUGAACAGCUUGGACGGCUGGGCAUGGUGGUUUUCGUCGAGCAGUCUUGUCUGCCGUGAAUUGCGGGAGCUCUGCGUGCAUGUCUUUGAGCUUACUCAUGACAAAUGCCACAACCAGCAUUGUGAGUGAACGACACAUGUUAAUGAAUGUUUUGCCUCGGUUGAUCUUCUGUAAGGUUCUCUUCAAUACCGCAACAUUCUUGUUGCAUAGUGUUUUUUUAUAUUGACUGCCAUGUUCUCUCUUAAAAGCUAACUGCAAUGAAAUUUUAUUUUGGCUGUUUGUCAUAAGUGCCUAGUGGAUGUCACCAAAGCAGUUUCGCCAAGGCGUUAGGGCUGGUGGUAGCAUGGUUAUUUAAUUGUUUCAAUUGCCAUUCAGUGGUUGGCACAAACACUUGGUAUGGUAUGGCGUCAUGCAAGGUGGGUGGGAAGUAAAUCCUGGAACAUCGUCUGGCCCUGACAUGUGCAGGCACAAUGGGGAGAGCUCUUAGCAUUUUGAAAAUAACAUUUGCUCACUGUGGGAGCAGAGAGUGGUGCUGUCACUGGCACAUUCAGUUUCCUUGAAAUUGCGAACCAAAUGUGGUCACACUUCACACCCCGGUGAUUUCCAAGAUAUUGUGUUGCAUGUCUGCAGGCUUUGUGUUGUGUUCCACUUAUUGCUGUUCACAUGCAAAAACGCCGCAAUGAUAACAUGUGAAAGAACAGAUGGGCUGGAUCGGGUCAAAAAUGGUCUAGGUCCUGUCUCUGUUGCAGCAAGCAGUACAGCAGCAUUUGUUUGCUUAGUGUUUCAUUUGUUUUUAUAAAUGCUUAUUUUUGUGGGUUUCUUGUGGUGCAUAUGUUUGCAUAUCAAAGUACAUUUGUCAAGAUGGAACGCUGGCACACACGCACACAUACAUCCACUCAAACAGAAAAAAAUGAUGCCGACAGAGUAAUGAGACACUUCACCUGUUACACUGACCACAAAGGAACAGGUGAAUUUUUCUUGUGCAGGUGUCCAUUUGGAGGAUGCUCCAUAGCCCACACAAUGAGCGAGGACUGCUCUUGCACAGGAAGUUGCUUGUCAGGGUUCUUUGUGCAGUUGUACUGCGCUUGACAAUCAUAGUGUGUGUAUCAGAUAGUACUUACCACGUUGCCUCUUGUACCAUGCGAGGCAAUUCCACUCCUGUAACUGGUACAUCAGACUUGUGCAGGGAGGUAUUUGUGUCCAGAUGUAUGAACAUUUUCUUGUUGCAUGCAUAUUUGCCGUCAGAUCCAUGAUGCUUGUAUAGAUAGCUGGUUUAUCUUAUAAUUUGACACUCGCUUUCGCAGGUUACUGUACGGCUCAAUCAUUGCAAAGCGCCAAAGUUAUUUCUUAUGCACCUUUGAUACAGAGCAGUGGCUUCAGUCCGUGUGACUCAAUCGUUUGGGGUCGUGGACGUUUGUUUUGUCGUGCGCAACAUGGGCUGAUGCCGCAGAGGCUUCCUGUCAAGCGUGUCAGCAAGAAAGCCACCGUGACUCGCAUGUUUCAUUUAGUUCACUCUGAUGACUGCUCAUCGUUCUUGUUUUUUUCUCAUGAAAGUGUUGCUGAGUGGCCGUACACCAGGACACAAACAUACUGUGACACAGCAUGUGCUAGGCCCACAUUGUUUGAUGCAAAUCUUCCCACCACCCCUGCAGUCUGCUACUGCGCAACUUUGGUGAGCUGGUAUUCAGUAUAAAGAGAGAGCCUGAGCUUGCAGAAUGGCAUUACAGUACUUGUGUAAAUUGUGAUGGCAAGAGUCGGUAGUUUGCGUCAUCCAAUUCUCCUCUCUGUGUGGCCAGCACAACACUACUUAUUGUAGCGUUUUAUACUUCAUAAAGAGAUAUAGUUAUUUUUAUAUACCUGUCGAAAGAAGUCCUCUUUUUUCUUUUUUUCAGCGAAGCUUUGUGUGGUACUGCUGUAUUUCUUAAAUUUAAAAUGUCAGGCUGCUGUUUGCAGCACAUUCCGCUAUUUCAACAGGCCACAUCGAGAGUGAUGCUUCUGGUUGACUGAUUGAUACAUGCUUUUAGUGUGGCCAAAUGUUGUCUGCUGUAACCUGGCUGUUUUGCCAUCUAAACACUGCAUAAGCAUGUUGUGUGGAGUGCGUCUGUUUCUAGUCACUCUGCUAAUGACAGACGGUCAUUGCGUGUUAAUGGCACAUUGUUUUAUAGUUCCAGUCAAGCGAACUCUCAGUGAGACAAAACUCCUGCAGUGAACUGCAUCGCUAGGUCACGAAAAAAUAAAGCACGCCAACAGUUUUCAACAUUUGUAUGUGCCAUAUGAAAUGAAAUGAAAGUUUAUUUUCCAUCUUGUAAGGUACAGAUCUUGUAAGAUACAGAUGGGGGGGGUGGAGGAUCACAAGAUCAAUUCGAACAUGAGAUGGAGGUUACUGAAUUAAAACUUGGUAGUAUUGCAGAUAAAAAAACACAGCAUCUUGUCUUUCUUGAGGCACCCCAAAACAAACCACAAGUUGUGUUUUGUUUCCUUGUGAAGAAUUUUAUUUAAACUGUUGGAAAACAGGGCAACAUCUCGAUCAAUACACAAUCAUGCUCGCACUUGUGGUACCUUAUUUAUAAUUGAGACACCAAUGCUGAUGCUGAAAAAAGAAAAGUGCAGCGGUGUUGCAGGUGAAUCCCUUGAGCAAAAAAAGGACUGUAUUUGGUUGUCCCGAUUUGUUAUGUGAAUUAUGUGAUCUUAGCUGGAUGCAAGCACACUGCUGUCUAGUAGCAAGAACCUUUAGCAGUCGUGGCGUUGUGUGAACCAACGACAGGCAGCGAAGAGAGUCCGCAGUGGAAAAGUGCCUGCUCUAUACCGUCGGCACCGACAGCAGUCCACCCGUGCUGCACCAAUGAGCAUGUGAUGCGGUGCUGAGCCAUGUGGAUGCACAAUCCCGUCUGUUGAACAGAUUGGUCUUAACAAGCUAAUGAUAACCCACAAAAAACACAUAUUGAGCACAGCUCAAUAUGUGUUUUCAAUUUGUGAUAUAUUAGCAGGUGCAAACAAGCUGUCUCGUGCAGCACUUUGCAAACGGAGCAAAGUGUAGUGAGACUGCCUCGCUAAUCAGCAGAUUGCAAGAGGCAGCACAUAGGUGGCUUGUGGGUGCAAUUCACAGCAGCCGCCGCACACAGACACGCGAUACUCUGGCACCAUCUCGUAGUCAUCAUCGCCGCCCAGCCCGUCUUGCAUGGCACUACGCUUUUCUUCUCGCACUUUUGCCUUGCCCUUCAUAUCACAGAUGGUGCAUGUUUCAACGGUGGUACACAUGUUAUGGCUUACUACUAACCAACAUAACCUAUGGCGGACAUUCCAAAAGUAAGUUUCAUCCUUUAUUUUCACACAGAAACUUUAUUGCCCCACCCCCAGAAGGAAGCACCUUGGCAUCAUAGUCGUCGCCGACAUUCAGGCAUAUGUCGUAGGGUGCAACCAGUUUGAAGAGACCACUCGAGCAAAAUGUGGUGCCCUGCAUUGCAAGGAACUGUAGCACAGCCUGCUGCACCUCAGCAUUGUUUUGGAAGUGACAUCCCAAGGGUGCAGCGUUCAAUGCAGGGAACCAUUCGCACCGGAUAACAGCAUGCACUUCCAUUGGUGAGACCACAGUGUCAGCGCACGUCUGUCUGCCACUGUGAUUUGUACUCGAAUAGCUUUGGGCAUGCCGGUCAGCUGUUGCUCUCUUCUUCAGCGCUCUGCGCAUGCGUCAUUCCUCUCCCACUGAUGCUCUUUCUGUCGUUGAACCAACAACGGUUGUGGAUUCUUAUGGCAAUGGUUUGGUUCAUCUGUUGCACCAUCUCCUCUUUAAAAAAUGACAAAACUUGCUUUGGAACGUCUCUCGUAAUUGCACGAGGCAACUCGGUUGCUUUACCCAGUGCUGUAUCGCGUCCCCUUCUAUUCCUUUUGUCUGCAUCUGUCGUGCUGUAGCUACCGUGGAGCUGAAUUAAUGGAAGUCUACUGUAGGACUUUUGUGAGUACGGGCUCUGGUUCUUAGGAGUCUGAAAUAGUGCCAGUCAAUUGUAGUAAAGGCGUGCUUUGUCAAAUGGCAUGGAACAAAUCUGCAUGCAUGAUAGUAUUUGUAGAAGUUGCUCUGCAAAGCUGUGAUGUUGCAUCUGCAGAAACAUGUGAAUGAUUGUUGAAAACACGUAUUCUUAUUGCUGCUGUUUUAAAUAGGGCUGUUUGCAUAGUCAGACUUUUGAAUAGAAUCGAGUAUGCUUAUAAAAUCAAAACUAGCUACAAAUAUGGAAUUGAAUUUAGUGUUCACUGUAUCACCACAUUUUAAAACAAAGCACAAGAAAAUGUUUCAGUAGAGCAUGUAUGGCAAAUGUAGCUCAUUUAUGUGAAAAUAUAAUUUGCAACAUUUUAGAAAACUAGGUAACUUGUGAGAAAAAAGCGAUUAGUUCAUUACAAUUUUUGUGAUCAGAAUAGUUACAGCAGUUACAGAAAUAAAAUUAGAACCACACACCACUUCACGUAAAAAAAAAAGCUAAACUUGUUCACAUUUAUUUCUUACCAGGGAGAGUAAUAUUGGUAUGAAGAUAGCAGUGAAAUGAAUUAAUUGAAUUAAAAAUAAUUAGUGCAUUAAUUCGUAAUUGAUUUUCUAAACUAUCCACAACUGAAAGCUCCCCCUAGCACAUGGAAAAAGCCAUUAUGGUCUCUACGUUGGGUUGCCAGCACUUAAAUCAGACUUAUUAUAGGCAUCAAAUUUAGUGUGUCAAAAAUGAUGCACUGGCUUUGUGGGGAUUUCUGAAGUGACUAGCGCAAGAGUAGACACAGGGCAGCCAAAAGGGCGACAAGGACAAGUGCAGCUUCCAACUGGUGUUUAUUACAAAAAAAAAGGUUAUGAAUAUAUACUCUUGCGCACUUGAUGCAAGAAAGCAUGGCUGUCGCGAGCAGACAAGAGCCCACCAUGGCGGAGCAGGGCUUAAGCUGGUCUCCCACAGACAGUCCCCAGGAAUGCAAAUUCUUUAGUGGUCUAUGCUAUGGAUUGUUUUCUGACACAGUUUCUUCCUGCGAUAGCCGCUGACUCAAUGAUGAGUCUCGUGUUUUUCUGCUCGUGCCUUGCUCUUAUAUGUUUUUCCAAAGAGUGGCUAACAUUUACAUUGGGAGCAAUGGAUCCCAAGGAAACCUUCUCUCCCCUUUUGAACUUUCUGAUUGGGCUUCUGUAGUCUCGCGUUUAAGCACCUUCCCGUUUGUGCCACGCAAUGCUGUCCGCAGGAAAGAGGUAUGCUAUACACUACUCCUCUUGAGCAUUCUACGAUACCCUUUCUGUGUACAAUGUUGUACGAUUUUGAUUGUCUGCUGACAGUGCUGGCUUUUGCGCAUAACUGGGAUAACUUGUGGGGCAUGGAAAAAACGACCAAAACUCCCGCCCUUUGGCCAAUUUCCUUUAGUUUAUGUGAAAUGGCGUAGAUGUAUGAGAUGACUGCUAGAUUCCUGCAAACAGCAUCACAAGACUGCAGCUUCCAAUGCAGCGUAUCUGAAACAGAAACAAUGAGGCUGCUGGAAUAGCCAACAGCCUUCAAACGAGCUAUCUGCGAGUUGAAACUCUCUUGUACUGCGUGGUAACAGGAUUUUAGCUAGGCGUUUUUCAAGCAUGCCUGAACGAUGCCACGUUUAACCAAUUUACUGUGGGCUGAUGCAAAAGGCAGCAGGGGUUCUUUAGCGCAGGGCUCAUAUUGCCAAUGGAUAUGCUCGCCUAAAAAGGACAACUUCAAAUCGAGAAACCUUGAGGCAUCAUUCUCAGGACGUUUGUGCGUGAGAGUGAGAGGUUGCAGGCAUUUGCUGAACGAUGUCAGUGUCUGCUGGAGGGAUGAAUCAAAACCAGCAUCAUUGCUGUCUAACAAGAUGGGGUUAUUGUGGGGAUAUAGUAUUUAGGCAGCAAUGAAAAUUAAAGAUCGUGUGGGAAAGCAAUUAGCAGUAGCACUAAACUUCCCAACGUAGUAUUUUCUAUGAGCAGUCUCAAAAUACAGCGCCCUUUGCUAGUUAUUACAAAAAAUAUCAGUUCCUCCACAUAUCUUCUCAGUAAAUGGAGCCCUUAUGCAGUGGGAGUGCCUCUUACAACAGAAUCAUUAUUCACAACAAAAGUUGCCAGUGUGGCUAAAUAUUCACAUCCAUAAUAAGCAGCCAUUACGUUUGCUAUGUGAUGACGUCUACUGUACAGUAUGUUCUGAUAUGAACAAAUAUUUCAGUUUCGAACAUGAAAUUACUCACUGGCAAUUUAAAUUGAAUAGGUAAGACUACUUGAUCCAUAUUCACAAUUUUGUUCCUUCACACAAACCCUACAUUUAACAUGAAGGCUGCCCCGGUGUCCGAGGCUAAAGCUGUGUCCAUGAUUGUUGCCCAUGUGAUAAGCCAUUGUUUUGAUUUUUUGUGGACGUUAACUGUCAGUUUGUGCCGCUUUAUAUGCUAAAAUCUAAUGUCGAGCCCACUUACGAUUAACUUGGUUGUCAUGUAGGAUUUGUUCAUUAAAUCUGAGUAUUUGCUGAAAGUGGACUCUUUUAAGAGCGCCAAGAAUGUAUUGACAACAUACCGUGAAAAAAAAAGUGGGUGGGAGUCGGCAUCACGUUUGCUUCUGUGACAUUGGUUGAAGCUGGAUAGCUGGUGGUUUCUUGGCCAUCUCUUACUAGACUUCCGUUACUGAACACUUUUUGAGACCUUGGCAAGUCGUAACUCUCUGUUCAGUCAUGUUCCAUCUUCCUCAACCUUCGUACGAAUGAUGCCCACCACUCUUGUGAUUGGGAGCAACAAGAAUUUUUUACCUCGUUGAUUUUCUACACAACAGGAAACUGAUCCAGAUUUUCACAAUUGCCAAAGCGGAAUUGACUGCAGUGGACAUGUUAAUUUCAAGUACUCAGUUCCAAAGAUUCUGCUAUAGACCUAGCUGAUCUAGGUCUGCUUUGAUCAUCUUUGCAGUCAGUGGCAGCAGCCUCAUAUUUUUUCUAAAUUUUAUUAUUGUUCACCAAUACCCAAGUUUUACAAAUAGUGCAUUCAUUUCUGCAUGGCUUCGUGCUGUCAAAGGCAUUGUCAGCACGAGGACAGUCUGAUGAUGAGCUUCAGCAUCGGCACAUGUUGCUUCCUGGCAGUGUUUACUUAUAGGAACACUAAAGGCAAAUACUACGUUGACAUGGAUUUUUUAAAUACCAUGACGGAAACCUCGCAAUGUUUGUCUCGCACCAAGAAAAGACUUAGUUUAUGAGAAAAUUGCAUCGGAAGGGUCCGAAUGCCUUUCUCUGAAUUCACAUCUCCCACCACCCGACCAGGGGAGCGGUGACGUUACGUACACCAUCCCCACCUUUUGCUGCUGUCAGUGAGGAGUAAACUCCUGCCCAACAGACGUCGCUGUUGAGCCACGACAGAGUGGUGGAUUCGCUGCUGCAGCUGCUUUUCGCUCAAGUGGCGUAGACUGUUCGGGCAUCCCGCGACAUCACAUGGAAGUUGAAUUCUCUGCUACGUGCAGUUUGUGCGAGUUUCGCGACCCAGCAAAACCAGCGCAGCACCACACGAUAACGAAACUAGUGAAACGUGAAAGUGUGCGCGGCAUGGCGUCAAGCGAAAAUGAAACCUUUCGACCAACCGCAUCAUUGUCAAGGGUAAUUUUAGAGUUCUUUUUACUGAAAAAUGAAAUAGAACUGGACAAGUAGCAUUUUAUUUAAUCUUAUAAUACAAUACAAUGAUGUUUCUUGCAAUGAAUGGUUGAGUAUUAGUGACGGAAUUUUAACUGAGGAGGGCAUUCAUCAUCAGGCAAGUGCUUGAAUGUCCCGGGGGAGUCUCUAACCAUGUCCUGCAUUUACCCCAAUUUCUCGAUUAUUAAGGCUCUGUUCACAUUAAUGUUGAUGCCUUAGAGAUUCUAGAGCACUAAUCUAUCACUUUAGGUUGGCUUAAUAUUUGCCUUUAGUGUCCCUUUAAUGCCUGCAACCAAAAAUCUGUCUUCAAGCAUGGUUGAAAAUGUUUGUUUGAACAAGCAAUAAAUUUCAGAAAAUAAAAAGAUAAAUAUUUUUGAUCUUACCACAAAUUUUUCUUCAGCAUAUUAUUUCAGAGUGCUCUGGCAAUGUCAAAGUUGUAUAAGACAGUAGGAUAAGCAAAUAAAAAUGGUGAGAGACAUUGUAGUGCUACUUUUGACCACCGGAAAAUUUUUUUUCUUCCCUUAAUGCCCGCAGAAAAGUCGGUCUGCACGCCAGUGUUUUAGCAUUCUACUCCUGUUGUAGCGUGGCUGCUGCUGCUGAAAAUCGCACAGCUUGUGAUCUCGUGCUCGGAGGACAUUCGAACGUGAUAGCCACCACAGCUUGUAAUUACAUGCAAACAGCAAUGAGGAGGAAAGUGGCAAAUGUUGCUUCACUAGUCAAUCAAGGGAAAUUUUGAACACUUGUUCAAAUAGUCGCAAGCCUGCACAUAUUUAUUAUCUGAUGCACAGCAUCGUUCAUAGAGUGCAGAUUAUCAUGAUCGUGCUGCCUUCUUUCGUAAUAAUCGAGCAUGUGUUGCAAAAAUGGCAUCGUAAGUGGGCUCAAAAAGUAACACUGCACACUUUUCUUUGUGUUGUUAUUUUCCUCUCGAAUACAUCGCAGAUUUGAGGUGGCAACCUCACUCAAUUUACAAUUGAACAUUGGGCGGGUUGGGUUAUCUUUAUAACAACGUGAAAGGGUAAGAUAGACAGGAAGACAACACAAGAGCGUGCCGUCGUGCAUCACCUUUCUCCAUGUUCAGUUCUUUUGCAUUGUGUUCAGUUCUUUUGCAUUGUCAUUGAAAUCUACCUUGCUUUCAAUUUAGUCUGCCGUGUUGAGCCUUGCAAGUGUAGCAAGAAAUAUGAUGACCCUUUUGAUUGUACAGAACACGGUCUCUUGGUGCUGGCGGUCGACAUGGAACUUUUUGUAAUUGUAAACAUGUGUGUAAAGAUUUCAACAAUGAUGCCUUCCAAGUCCUGAUUGUUAGCAAUAGAUUGCAAUAGUUAAUUCUCAGCAAGGUUAGUUUGUGCUUUGUGCACAGUUGAACACAGGAUGGGACUAGCAGUCCUUUUUUGUGGAAAACUACAGUGUUAUUCACGGUCACUUGGUUGCCAAUAACAUUCUGGGCCUUGCACAAGCUGUGUAUGCAAUAACUUGUUCUGAAUUUUUUUUUUAUUGUUGUUGAUACGAACAUGUGUCAUGCACACAUGUGAAUGACAUGUUUUGUUUAGUUAAUGGUGCUGCUGUUUUGUGUUCGGCAUUCAGAAGGCAGUUGUUGCCGCAUCUGUCAUUGUUACCAUUUAUAGCAGAAUAGUUGUCUAUCUCCACUUUUAAGAUGUUUGGUUACUUGGUUUACAGAGCUUCUCCAAAAUGCUGUUGGCUUAGUGGUGGUAGUGUACUCUGUAGACUCUAUGUGUACUAUGUGUGUACUCUGUGUGUACUCUGUAUGUGUACAGAGUACACAUACAGAGUACAUGUAUGUACAUGUAGAGUACAUGUAUGUACAUGUAGAGUACAUGUAUGUACAUGUAUGUACAUGUACAUGUAUACAUGUACAUGUAUGUACAUGUAUGUACAUGUAGAGUACAUGUAUGUGUAACUAUGUGUACUCUGUAGAUAUGUUCAGCGAUAGGAAUGGUUUGCUGUACAGUCCAUAAAUCUGCGGACACUUCUCCAGCUGCACAAUGUGCUACUUGUGAUGCAUGUGCACUUUGCGAGGUGUGGCUGUGCUAGUGUAUGUCUCCAUGCUGUAUACAAAAGAGAAGAAAGGCUGUGUCUAAGCAUUGACGAGAAAAUAAAGCUCAUAAUAGAUAAGUGGUGUUA